UUAUUUAGAUUUUGUGUAUAGUGCUUUACCUUAAGAUGUCUCUUCUAUGCAAUACCGGCGAUUGGUUUACAUUAGGGCAGGGAAAUGCCUUCAGAAAGAUUGAACUUUACAACAUGGAAUGGCCGGCGAGCAUUAAUUUGGAUAAUAUGGUGGUCCAUGCAGCACCGUACGGUGGACCGAUCGCUGUCGUGAAGGAUCCAAAGCUGUUCAUCAAACUGGACGGCAGUACUAGCACCAGACCCAUCAUUAGAGUUUUCAACUGUGUGGGCAAAUUGAUGUCAUCCAUCAAUUGGGAUUGCGGAAAUCUCGUCACCCUUGGUUGGUCCGACUCGGAAGAGUUGAUUGGUGUGCAAGACGACGGUACGAUCUUCAUACACGACAUGUUUGGCAACUUUGUGCAUAAGUUCAGCGUCGGCAAGGACGUAACGGAUGUGGCGGAUGCAAGAAUAUUUACAUCCGCGUCCGGCACUGGUGUGGCAGUCAUGACGUCGGGGCUGAAAAUCUACAUCCUGAACAAUAUUAAGGACCCGAAAUCCAGACCUCUGUCUGAGCUGCUAAAUAUAACAAGCAAUCUCACGUGCUGGGAAAUGGUUUGUAAAGACCGAACAACGAGCUGCUUACUAGCGACCGGAACCGACAUUACGAUCGUCCGCCAUGGGGAUAAUGUGUUCACCAACCAUACGCUCACGAUGAGGACCGAUUUUCAGUCGAUCAGCUUACUGUCCGUUUCGUUUGAUCACGAACACGUGGCGCUGCUCACCAACACUGGCUGCCUAUGGAUGGGUUCGUGGGAUCUGAAGCACAAGUAUUGUGAGUUUCUUACCGGUCGGCUUGAAAAAGCAAACCAGUUGGUGUGGUGUGUUGAUGGCGGCAGUUCAAGGUACGAAUCGCACGCGGUCAUCGUGAGCUACAUGAACCUAAUACUGAUUGUUGGUGCUACGGGUGAAUCAAAUGUUUACACGUACGACUCACCGAUGACGCUCAUCCCGGAGAUGGACUGUGUCCGGGUGCUGACCAACUAUUACCACGAGCUCGUCCAGAAGGUACCGCCCAGCACGAGCAAAAUAUUCGGCAUUAACAUCUCCGAGCCGGCGAGCUUUCUGUUUGAGGCGCACCGGAAAUUUCAGGACCGUAGCCACCAGUCGGACGAAUAUCUGUGUCUGAUCCAGAACAAGCUAUCGGCAGCGGUGGCUGACUGUAUCGAAGCGGCCGGCCACGAGUUCGAUCCAAACACGCAGAAAAGUCUCAUCCGGGCGGCGUACUUUGGCAAAAGCUUUAUACCCGGGCACAAUUGUGACGGUUACAUUACGAUGUGUAAAACGCUCAAGGUGUUGAACGUGUUGCGUGACCGAAACGUUGGCAUUCCGAUCACGAUACAGCAGUUCAACCAUCUGCAGCCGGUCGUUAUUUUGGAUCGUUUAGUGUUUCGCAAGCACUACGGUUUAUCCAUCCACAUUGCCAAGUAUCUAAAGCUACAGGAAACCAGAAUUCUGGAGCAUUGGGCAUUCCAAAAAAUCAUACACGAUAAAAACGAUGAGGAGAUUGCGCGUAAAAUAGCGGCCAAGUUUUCCAGCGCUGAUCUCCGCGAACCGAUGUCAUACGCGAACGUGGCUGACAAAGCGCAACAGAUUGGAAAAACUAAGCUCGCUAUAACGCUGCUCGAGCUGGAGACGAAAAAGAAACUGCAGGUCCCAUUGCUGCUGAAGCUCGGUGCUAGCGAGAAAGCGCUGAUCGCUGCCACCCAGUCGGGCGAUAUCGACCUCAUCUAUAUGGCAAUACUGGAGAUGAAAAAUACGACCGCACUGGCCAAAUUUCACAUGACGAUCCGGCGCUACCCGUUGGCUCAGAAUCUCUACAAGAAGUACUGUCAGCUGAAUAGUCUUUCCACGCUGAAGGACAUCCAUUCGCAGGAGGAUGAUUUUCUGUCGCAGGCGGAACUAGCGUUGCGGGAAGCACUCCAGUUGGGCAAUCUGGACGCAUCGAUAUCGGACAUUAGUGGCAACUAUCGGAAGGCCGGCAAAGCGGUCGAGGCCGAUCUGACGGACGAGACGAAAAAGCUGAUACGGCAUCAGAAGCUGUUACAGGACAAGUAUCAGAAGGAUUUCUUCGGCCUGCCAUUGCACGCGAUGGUACGCAAGUUGCUGCAGCUCGGCGACCAGCGGUACGCCGAGAAGCUGAAGAGUGAGUUCAAAAUGUCGGACCGACGGUACUGGUGGCUGCGGAUACAAACGUUCGCCGAAAAUUAUCAGUGGGAUGAGCUGGAAAAGUUUGCCAAGGCGAAGAAAAGCGUCAUCGGUUACGAACCGUUCGUGGAGGUGUGUCUGGCGAAAGCGAACGUGGCGGAAGCGAAAAAGUAUUUGCCACGGUGCAGUGAGGAAAACAAACUCAAGUGGUAUUUGCGGGCAGGUUGCUAUGCCGAUGCAGCUACGAUCGCGUUUAUGCAGAAAGACAUCGAUAGUUUGCUAAAAAUACACGACCACUGCAAUGAUCCAUCACUGAUGUCCACAGUGGAAAACAUGAUUGGACAACUGUCCAGUAAGAAAUGAUUUAUGAAAAAAACAUGCAAAGG